AUGCUGCAUGACGAUAGCAGAGUCGGCAAGUUGAAAGGUUUGUUAAAAACAGAAAACGAGAAUAGCGACAGUAAAAUUUCUGUCCAGGGUGUAUGUGGUCAUACGAGGGCCGGAAAGGGUGAAUGUACCAUGGCCAUUAUUCCAGUUAGAGUGAAGCUGAAAAAUGGUUUACGCGAUGUCAAAAUAUACGCUUUCUUUGAUCCGGGUAGUAGCAUCAGCUUUUGUUGUGAAAGUCUAGUUCGAGAGCUUGGUGGAAUGGGUCAUCGCAUGUCUAUCACGAUGGAUACAAUGGGAAAUCCAUUUUCGAUGGAAACAUAUGCUGUUGAUGGCCUGCAAGUCUGCGACCUGGAAUUGGAAAACGAAAUUGACCUGCCAAGGGUAUAUACUAAAGACAAAAUUCCCGUUUCUAAGAGACUCGCUCCUACCAAUAAGGACAUAUCUUGCUGGAAACAUUUAGACGAUAUAAAUCUUCCAGACAUUACAGCCGAGGUUGGCCUGUUAAUUGGAAACAAUGUACCUGAUGCCUAUACCCCAUUUGAAGUCAAGUCCAGACCAGAGGGCAGCCCUCAUGCUGUCAAGACGAGACUUGGAUGGAUUGUGUGGAAUAUGAUAAGAGAAGGAGAUAAACAAGUUGAACAGGUCGAUUCUGUCUUUACAGUAAACCGUGCCGAGAUUGUAGCAGUGCAAGAGAUGGAACAGCUUAAGCAGUUAGAUAAACUGGUGAGAGAUUCAAUCAAUCGAGACUUUCCAGAAAGGCUUAUUGAUGAUAAAAAGGAACACUCCCAGGAAGAUAAGAAGUUUUUGGACUUGGUGAAUGGUUCUAUCACCCAUAGUAAUGGUCACUACUGCAUUGGUUUGCCAUUUAAAGAGAAUGGCGUCAAAUUGCCAGAUAACAAAUUACAGGCUUUGCAGCGUCUUGCAAGCCUAAAACGCAAAUUACAAAAGAAUUCAACAUUUUGUGAAGAUUAUGUUGAAUUUAUGUCCAAGGUUGUCAAAUGUGGUUAUGCUGAACAAGUUCCAAAGGAAGAACUUGAAAGAUUAGAUGGCCGUGUAUGGUACAUCCCACACCAUGGUGUCUAUCAUUCCCAUAAGCCUGGGAAAAUUAGGGUUGUGUUCGACUGUGCUGCGACCUAUAAGGGGACAUCUUUGAAUAGCGUUUUACUUCAGGGACCUGAUUUAACAAACAGUCUACUAGGUGUUUUCUUUCGUUUCCGACAGGAAGAGGUCGCCAUUAUGGGAGAUAUUGAAGCUAUGUUCUACCAAGUCCAUUUACCCAAGGACGACAGCGAUUGUCUUCGAUUCUUUUGGUGGCCAGAGGGAAAUCUCCAUAAAGAGCCAACAGUGUAUCGUAUGCAAGUUCAUCUGUUUGGUGCCACAUCUUCUCCUAGCUGUUCAAGCUUUGCUCUUCGCCAUACAGCAGAGGAAUUCAGUGAUGAAUUUAAAGCAGCAGCCAAUGUGAUAAAGAGACAUUUCUAUGUAGAUGACUGUUUAACCUCUGUGAAGUCAGAAGAAGAGGCUGUAGACUUGAUUAAGGAAACGGUUGCCCUCUGCAAGAAAGGUGGCUUUCGUUUAACAAAGUGGAUUUCCAAUAAUCUUCAUGUGCUGGAUUCGAUCCCAGUAGAAGAACGGGCAAAGGAUGUCAAGGAACUUGAUUUAGAGCACCAACGUCUUCCAAAUGAAAGAGCACUUGGUGUAGUCUGGUUUGUAGAAUCUGAUACUUUAGGCUUUAAAAUUCAGCAACACAAUAAACCACCUACAAGGUGUGGUAUUCUGUCAACAGUAAGCUCUGUAUAUGACCCUUUGGGGAUGGCCGCACCAUUUGUUCUGAAUGCCAAACUACUUCUUCAAGAUCUGUGCCGGCGCAAUGUUCCCUGGGAUGAAGAAAUCAAAGGAAAUGAUUUAAAGAUUUGGCAACAAUGGACAAAUGAAUUAGGUGAUCUGGAGAAACUGAAUUUACAAUGA